AUGACGUGGGACGAGUUUAAGGUACCAUUCCUUAGACACCACAAUCCCAAGGCGGUCAUCAACAGAAUCCAGGAGGAAUUCAUCCAGUUAAGGCAAAAGGGUGAAACAAUUGAUAAAAUCACGGGUAUUUUCAUGGAUAAGCUGAGAUUUUGCGAUGAGCUAGUGACUACCGAGGAGCAGAAAAUAUACUAUUAUUAUAAUAUGUUAAGUGCUGAGUAUCGGGAGUUUAUGACUCCUUCCAAGUAUGAGACGCUCACCGAGAUCAUAAAUACGGCUCGGGAAAGAGAAAUUGAACUCAAAAAGGAAAUUGAACGAGGCGAACGAAGGGCAAUGGAUGUUAACCCGAGCCCUACAAAGAAGGCUCGAACGACUGAGUCAGUAAAGAAGACGGAUGUGAAGGGUGGAUCACCGAGUUGCAAGGUAUGUGGAAAGGGGCACAAGGGCGAAUGUCGCUUUAAAUACAACCCAUGCCCCAUAUACGGAAAGACAGGGCAUACUGCCUCGCUAUGUCCGGGGAAAGUUUCGGUGUGCUACAAGUGCUAUCAGCCGGGUCACAAAAAGUCUGAAUGCCCGGAGUUGGUCGGGAAAAAGAACUAG